AAAAACAAGCCACGAUCGUCGAUGUGGCAGUGUCCUCUGUCCCUUUCACCUGUCAGUAGUCACCUCGCCUGCGCGCCUAUCAGAAAGCGACCGCGAGUGCUCUUUCACGCGUAACGGCACUUCAAAGUUGACCCAGGAACUGUUCUGUUCCGGCGUUAAGAUGCCCAGAGGAUUUUUAGUGAAGAGGAGCAAACGCGGCUCAGCGGCUUCUUACAGAACUCGUAAUGACAACGAACUGCCAAAAGUGGACAUGCCUGUGCAUACACCGGAGGGGCGAACUGGUGUGCCAAAUGCGUGCCCAAUUGUGCCGUUAUCCGAGGAUGGUACAUUUGGAGAGCCAUGGACCAGCGACCCGGCUGAAGCGGACCAGGUUCAGCUGCCGGAGAGCGCAGACAAGGUGGAGAUCAGGGAGGACUUUGGGAAAUACACCCUAAACUAUCCCCUCACUGAACCGGACCAUGACGGAUCUCCUGGCCGGGCUGACCUCUCCUAUAGCCCGAUAAAACCAGUUGGCACCGAGCUGGAAAAAUCUUUCUUCGACCGGUGUAUGAGUUCACCAAUCGUGACAGAGCCGUUCCCGAUAAGCACGCCCGUGUCCUCAAUAGAGAGACUUCUACUAAAUCACGCGCCCUUUGGACACUCUGAUAUGAAAUUCGACCCACCUGUGCACCUCUACCCGUCUCUCCAUCAUGCUAUGAAACGCACGUACAUGGAGCCGGAGCGCAAGACCAAGCCAGCAUCCAAAAAGCCUAAAGUGAUCAGGAAGCUCAGUUUAGAGGAUGAAAUCUCCACCUCACCAGUGCUUGGGCUGAGAAUUAAGAAGGAGACCCCUGAAUUUAAAGCAGCUAUAGCAUCUUCUGGUAAUAAGAAACCGUUGGGAGAAUUCAUCUGCCAGCUCUGCAAAGAGGAAUACCCUGACCCUUUCUCCCUCGCGCAACACAAGUGCUCCAGGAUUGUGCGCAUAGAGUACCGCUGUCCCGAGUGCGACAAAGUUUUCAGCUGUCCUGCCAACCUGGCCUCUCAUCGCAGGUGGCAUAAGCCUCGUCCGGUUAACAACGGAGAGGCACAGAGCGCAAAAAAGUCACAACCGGAGGCACAGUUGCACGAGAGGACAUCCGUGGAAGGGAAAGAGAAUGCGAGCGAGUUGAGAGUUAACAAUCAGCACCACGUCUCUCUGGACAGCUCCAUUUGUCAGCGGUCCAUCACGGUGGACAGCUCCCACAGACAAGAGCAGCUACUCAGGAGGGCACAGGAGAGUCCGCCGCCCUUCGAUCCGCGCUACCGGGUCACAGAGAAAAGCAUGGACCUGCACAUCAGAGCGGGUGACAGCUCAAGCACAAUGCAUUGUCCGGAGACUGACGUUGCCUCUCCCUUCUUACAGAACUCCGGGACAGUUGAGGAGAUUUACGAAUGUCGCUAUUGCAGCAAGAAGUUCCGAAGACAAGCGUAUCUGAGGAAACAUCUUGCGGCGCACGAGACAAUCAAAGUCUCGCCCUAUAACCAGAUAGAGAGUGGGCAAAUCACGUUUCCCUGUCACUUGUGCGGUGCCCAUUUCCCAUCCGUUGAAAUUCGGGACAAGCACAGAGUUUGGCAUGCAAUGAGAGACGACAUUCUAAUGAAUCCAGGGAAGAUUGCGGGUAGACCAGACUUGGUAAGACCAGACUUAAUAAGACCAGACCUCACACAGGGAGAUCAACAGAUAUUCACCUGUAAGCACUGCCCCUCUACCUUCUUCAGUUCUCCUGGGCUCACGAGGCAUAUCAACAAGUCUCACCCUACAGAGAACCGGCAGGUGAUGCUGCUACAGAUGGCAGUCCGGCCAGGCUGCUAGUAGCCUAGUCUACUGUAACCCAUGAGCAACAAGUGGAUUCAUUCAUUACUACAUAUGAAAGUAUGAAUGUGUUUUCUUUGUACACCAUGUGAUUGUAUUGUAACUUAUUAUACUACCUGAUCAGGUCAAAAACAAUAGCCUAUUUUCAUUACAAAAUUGUAUUUUUUUUGUUUGUUGCAAUGACAGAUUAGCCUAGAACCCACUAGGACCACAUUUUAACAGUGACAGAUUAGCCGACAGCCCACUAGGACCACAUUUUAACAGUGACAGAUUAGCCGACAGCCCACUAGGACCACAUUUUAACACUUGCUUUUGGCCUAUAUUCACUAAUGUACAUUGAUUGAUUUACAGUGUAAUGAUUGUUGAAACAUUUAACAGUGAAAAUGGGUAUAUACAAUGUUUUAAAUAUUCAAGAGCUGUCAUUUUAAGCAUGUAAUGAAAAUAAGAGGGUGGUCCUGUGAAUGGGCCAUCUCAAGAGUAUCAGACCUCACCACCUUUAUCUUAAAUGUAGUUCCUAUGGAAAUUGAAUGUGCUUGUUCAGUAUAGUUGUGGAAUUUAUUUCUAAACCAGCAAGGCUAUCAAGAUGUAUUUUCAUACAGAAAAUCAAGCUUACCUGUUAGAGUAUAAAACUGUUUUAGUGAGUUUAAAAAUGUAUUUAUUCUAUAAAAUGUAAUUGCUCAAUAGAUGCCUUCAUGAUGACGAUGGUUACAAUUAUGUUGUAUUUUAAUAUGUAGCCUAGUGAACAUGAACAAAACUUACUUUGUCAAUAAACACAAGUCUGUGCAUAAUAA